AGCAGCAUACAAGUCGCCAAAAACUCCUCGCUUAACUCUAGAUCUGUGAAGGGAGACUAUAAGAGCCGUUCCUGAAAGCAAGUCGAAGAGGUGAAGGAGAGAUGAAGGGGCAUCCAAAUGGCGAGAUUGAGGGCUUCGUUGGUGAAACUUUAUCCGCCGGAGUAAUAUUGGGGCUUGACGGCGGCACCACCUCCACUGUCUGCAUCUGCAUACCGGCGACGGCUUCGAUUCCUUUCACCGGCACCAAAGCUGCCGAAUCUAUUGAGAUUCUCUCUAGGGCUAGCGCUGGCUGUUCCAAUUUCAAUUCCGUUGGAGAAGCUGCAGCAAAGAAGACACUAGAGAAGGUUAUAGCCGAAGCCCUUUCCAUGGCUCAUUCUACUUACUCUGCUGUUCGAGCAAUUUGCUUAGCAGUGUCUGGUGUUAAUCAUCCUUCAGAUCAACAAAAGAUUUUGGAAUGGGUCAUCGAUCUAUUUCCUUGUCCUGUCAAGAUAAUCAUAGAGAAUGAUGCUGUGGCAGCAAUGGCAAGUGGAACAUUGGGGAAGCUCCAUGGCUGUGUAUUGAUUGCAGGCACUGGUUCUAUAGCUUAUGGUUUUUGUGAAGAUGGAAGACGAGCCCGUGCUGCAGGUGCAGGACCUAUACUAGGUGACUGGGGAAGUGGUUAUGGAAUUGCUGCACAGGCAUUAACGGCUGUAAUUAGAGCUCAUGAUGGCCGUGGACCACAAACAAUACUUACAAAUAACAUCCUCAAUUUACUUGGACUUUCAUCUCCUGACGAAAUUAUUGGGUGGACUUAUGCAGAUUCAUCAUGGGCUCGCAUUGCUGCUCUUGUUCCAGUAGUGGUUGCUUCAGCAGAAGCUGGAGAUGAGGCUGCAAACAAAAUACUGCAUUAUUCAGUUCAGGAGUUGGCUGAUAGUGUUAAAGCUGUAAUCCAAAGACUUAAAUUGUCCGGGGAAGAUGGAAACAGUUCUUUUCCAUUGGUAAUGGUUGGAGGCGUUCUUGAAGCUAAUAACAAGAAAUGGGACAUUGGAAAGGAAGUCCUAAAGCACAUUUCAAAGGAUUAUCCAGGAGUUUUUUCUAUUCAUCCCGAGGUUGAACCAGCUGUGGGUGCAGCAUUGAUAGCAUUGAACCAAUACACUAUAUCACUCAGAGCAGAUCAAACUAGCUGAUAUAUAUAUAUAUAUAUAUAUAUAUAUAUAGCUGUAAAUUAAAUGAGAUUUAGGUGAUGAGAAAAUAUUAGAUAAUAAAGACAUCUCCCAGAGCUGAUUAUUGGAUUCCUGAUGGUGGUUGCUUUGCUUCGCAUCAAUACAGCUUGUUUGCUAUUUUUCUCAUAUUAUUAAUUCAUCGUAUCCUCUAUUGGUUGCCAAAGAUAUCCAAUUAAUUCUCUGUUAAGCUGUACAAUAUUUGUAAUUUCUCUGCAGAAAAAGCAAUACCCCUUGCUUUGAUAUACUAUUCUAUGCUUAUAUUUGA